AUGAAGCACGCUUGGAUAAUUGUAAGCACUGAACUGAUAUUUUGUCAGAUGGAGUCGCCUGCCGUUUCCGUAGUCUCUGAUAUUAGAGUGCAAAGGAAGGGUCUAUCAGUAAUAUAUCCUAAAAAGAAAAGAGAGAGAUACUCACUGUCCCUGAGCAAUCUUGAUCAAAAACUAGUGGGUUACAACCUGAAACUGGUCCAUUUUUUUUCUAGUAAUCAAGAAAUACCCUUUGAUUCCAUAAUCUAUAACCACACGGAGGCGCUCACUAGGAUUUUGGAUUUUUACGACUUCAUAUCCUGGAGGCUCAGCUUCAAUUCGGAGGAACGGCGGUUUGAAAUCGACAGUAAUGACGCAGGAGUUCCUUUUGCUGUCUGCACAAGUGAACUGACUUUGGAGGGUUUGGGAGACGUUACAUAUCCAAAUCCUGCCUUCAAUCAGCUUUGUUUACUGUCCAGAUCUACCAAUCAAAUACCAGAAGACGAGCCUCUCAUGUCUUUUCAGGCAACUCAGUUCAGAUGCGGUGGCUUCGCUAUGGGAACUGUUAUAAAUCACGGUCUUAUGGAUGGAAUUGCGUUGCAGGAGUUUUCAAAGAACUACACCCACUUCGCCAGAACGGGAAAUGUGGCUUUCGUCCCUGUAACUGAUCGUACGUGCUUGAAAGCGCGCGCUCCUCUUCAGAUAAAUUAUCAGCACGAAGAGUUAGUAAAGCCUUCACAGCUGGGACUUGAUUCCUCACUUUUCAUGCAAAGAGACAUAGAUCUAUUGCGCAAUAAGGUGGCCAUCCACAAUCAAUCAGAGAAGCAUGUUUUUAAGCUCUUCUCCUUAUCAGGAGAAACGCUUGCUCUCCUCAAGCUAAAGGCCAAGGAAGAGGGAGUUUCUCAUUGCACAAGUUUCAUUGCAGCACUGGCGCACCUGUGGCGCACAAGAACUGCUACAAUGGCAAACAUCGAUGCCCACGAUAUUAUGAUAGUUCAGUAUGCCGUGGACAAAAGGAUGAGACCUCCUAUUCCACGGAAAUAUGUUGGCAAUGCAAUAAGGUCAGCCUAUGCAAAGGCAACAGCCAAAGAAUUACAAGAGCAACCAUUCCCAGUGAUUGUGAAAAAGUUGCAGGAAGCAGGAGAUAGAUUGACUGAUGAUUACAUAAGGUCUGCAAUAGACUGGUUUGAAUUACAUGAUGGAGUGACGCGUUUAGAGAGUGGAUUUUUGGUUACAUCGUGGAGUCGCAUGGAAAUAGGAGACGUGGAAUUUGGAGGGAUUAUUAAGUCCAUAUAUGCAGGGCCUGUGGUGUCCGGCAGAGUGGACGUUGUGCUGUUCAUGGCCGAUGCAAAGGAUAAGGCCGGCAUAAAGAUUUACAUUGGUUUGAAACCCUCCCACAUGGCUAAAUUUCAAGUUCUUUUUCAAAAUGUGGGCACCGAUACAACUCACGGUGUCUAA